AUGGUAGAUUUUCAUAUCAGCAAAGUUCACGAGCUUAUGACGAACCAGAAGAACAUCAGGAACAUUUCUGUGAUAGCACAUGUCGAUCACGGGAAAAGUACACUGACAGAUUGUCUUGUGAUCAAGGCAAAGAUAGUUUCGAAGGAUUCUGGAGGAGGCAGGUACAUGGACUCUCGUGAAGACGAGCAGCAAAGAGGAAUUACUAUUAAGAGUUCGGCAAUAUCUCUGCAUUUCCAGAUUGAAAAGGAUGUUUUGGAAGCAUAUACAAAGAAGGAAGAUACCAACGGAACCGAGUUUUUGAUCAAUCUAAUUGACAGCCCAGGGCAUAUGGAUUUCAGCAGUGAGGUUACAGCAGCACUUCGAGUGACCGACGGGGCUCUUGUUGUUGUGGACUGUGUUGAUGGAAUUUGUGUGCAGACGGAAACGGUGCUUGGGCAAGCCAUGGGAGAGAGAAUAAUUCCAACUCUUGUCCUCAACAAGCUCGACAGAGCUAUUCUCGAGUUGGAGUAUCCCCAAGAGAAGCUUGGAGAGGUUCUUAGGAGAAGGGUGGAGGGAUUCAAUGCCAAGCUCAGCACUCUAGGAUACAACUUCAAGGUGGAGUCUCUGAUGCCCGAGAAGAAUGAUAUUUCGUUCUGUUCUGGACUACAGGGAUGGGGAUUUACCCUCAGGCAUUUUGCAAGGUUCUAUCUUGAGAAAUUCAACAUGAGUGGAUUUGAGGGAGAAAAGAAGCUGACAAACUUCCUGUGGUCCCACAAGGUGUCCUGUACAUCAGACGAUCCGUUUGAUCCAAACAUCAAGCACAUUGCCAAGCCUAAUCCUGCACGAUCUCCUUUUGUUGUGUAUGUGUUAAAUCCAAUCUAUAAAGUCAAGGACUUUUGCAACAACGGACAGAUUGAGGAAAUUAAGGAAUACCUGAAAUUCUAUAAGGUAGACUUUAAGGGAGUUACACUCACUGGAAGUGGAAAGUCUUUGUUCAAGGAGGUUAUGAAGGCAUGGCUUCCUGCAGCAGACUGCAUCUUGGAGCAGAUUGCGCUCAAACUUCCAUCUCCGUUACAAAGCCAGAAGCUUCGAUAUGACUAUCUAUACGAAGGCCCAAAGGAUGACGAGGUAGGAACUGCUAUCAUGAACUGUGAUGCAAGCGAAGAAGCUCCGGUUACAAUGUAUGUCUCGAAGAUGAUUUCCUCAAACGACAACCGGUUCAUAGCAUUUGGAAGGGUGUUCUCUGGGAAGAUAUAUCCAGGAAUGAAGAUUAGGGUCCAAGAGCCGGGAUAUACACCGUUGCCAGAGGAUUCUGAGGGAUCCCCUCUGCUCCACAUAAAGUCUGUCUUGAGAACUGUUGUUAUGAUGGGAAGGGGAUACAAGGACGUGCCCAACUGUCCUGCCGGAAACAUCAUAGGGAUUGUCGGGGUUGAUGACUGUCUGAAGAAGACUGGAACCAUAACAAACAGAAAGGACUCGUACAACAUCCGAUCGAUGAAGUUUUCUGUGUCCCCAGUUGUUAAGGUGGCUGUCUCCACCAAAAGGCCAGAAGAUCUUGGAAAGCUCCAGGAAGGGCUCAAAAAGCUUGCUCAGUCAGAUCCUCUUUGCCUGGUCGAGAGAAAUGACAAGGGCCAAAACACUAUAGCUUGUGCAGGAUCCCUACAUCUCGAGAUCUGCCUUAAGGAUCUCCAAGAUCAAUAUGCCAAGGUACCCAUCAUUUCCGAAGAUCCGUUGGUGACAUACUUCGAGGGCAUAUCAUCCUCGAUUACAGAGCCUAAGAUGACAAAGUCUGCAAACAAGCAUAACAGAAUUUACAUGACUGUUGAACCACUCGAGGAGAAGAUAGUUGACAAUCUGAAUGACGUCAAGUCCGACCAGAUCAAGACAAUGACAACCAACUUCCGAGAAAUGCUUGACAUAAGAGAUGACUGGAUCAAGAAGAUAUGGUGCUAUGCACCCGAGAUCAAUCCCUUGAAUCUUCUUGUGGAUGGAACAAAGGGAAUCUCUAUCAUCAACGAAAUAAAGGAACACGUCAACACAGGAUUCCGUGCAGCAGUCAAUGACGGUCCAUUGAUUGGAGAAGUCAUGCGUGGACUUAAGUUUGAGCUCAAAGACGCAGUCCUCCACGCCGAUGCAAUCCACAGAGGUAUCAACCAGCUGCUCCAGCCUGUGAAGAGUCUCUGCAAAGGACUCCUCCUUGCAGCAACCCCCAUUCUCUACGAGCCAAUAUAUGAAGUAGAGAUAACCUCUCCAAACGACUUCUCCGGAGCUGCCACCACUAUUCUUCUCUCGAAGAGAGGAACUGCAGAGGACUUCAAGACACUUCCUGGAAACGACACAACGAUGAUUACCGGGACUCUUCCUGUGAGGGAGUCCUUUACAUUCAAUGAGGACUUGAAGUCUAGGACCGGAGGAAAGGCCGGAGCAUCCAUGAGGUUCUCUCAUUACAGCAUCUUGCCCGGAAGCCUCGACGACCCAAAUUCCUUGAUGUUCAAGACCGUCGAAACUGUUAGGAAGCUCAAGAAAAUGAACCCCGAGCCUCCAACAGCAGACUCCUUCUUCGACAAGCUUUAA